CUACCGGUAGGUAAAGAGGUCGGACUCGGUGGAAGCGGUACUUGUUGCCACGUCGGACUGUUUGGUCAACUGGCUAAUUUAAAAGAGACUUGCUGAAAGAUUUUUAUAGGGAUAAAACCACAGUCAUGGUAUCCGUUAUUAACACAGUGGACACCUCGCACGAGGACAUGAUCCAUGAUGCCCAGAUGGAUUAUUAUGGGACUCGUCUCGCCACAUGCUCCUCUGAUCGCACCGUCAAGAUCUUUGAUGUCAGGAAUGGAGGACAAAUCCUGGUGGCAGAUCUCAGAGGACAUGAAGGCCCCGUGUGGCAGGUGGCGUGGGCUCACCCGAUGUUUGGCAACAUUCUGGCUUCUUGUUCUUACGACCGAAAAGUCAUCAUCUGGAAGGAGGAGAAUGGAGCCUGGGAUAAGAUGUAUGAGUACAAUGGACACGAAUCAUCAGUGAACUCAGUUUGCUGGGGUCCAUAUGAGUUUGGGUUAAUCCUGGCCUGUGGCAGCUCCGACGGGGCGAUUUCUCUUCUGACAUUUACUGGAGAUCAGCAGUGGGAUGUCAAGAAGAUCAGCAAUGCACACACUAUUGGCUGUAAUGCAGUGAGUUGGGCACCUGCUGUAAUCCCAGGCAGUCUUAUUGAUCAACCAUCGGGACAGAAGCCAAACUAUGUCAAACGUUUUGUCUCCGGAGGCUGCGACAACCUGGUUAAACUCUGGAAAGAGGAGGAUGGUCAGUGGAAGGAGGACCAGAAGCUGGAGGCGCACAGUGAUUGGGUGAGAGAUGUUGGCUGGGCUCCUUCCAUCGGCCUUCCCACCAGCACCAUUGCCAGCUGCUCCCAGGACGGCCGUGUGUUUAUUUGGACAUGUGACGACCCUGCUGGUAACACCUGGACGGCCAAACUGCUCCACAAGUUCAAUGAUGUGGUUUGGCACGUCAGCUGGUCCAUCACUGGAAAUAUCCUGGCAGUUUCUGGUGGAGACAACAAGGUGACGCUGUGGAAGGAGUCCAUGGACGGCCAGUGGGCUUGUAUUAGUGAUGUCAGCAAAGGCCAGGGCGCCGUAUCUACCAUCACAGACAGUCAGCAGAAUGAGCAGUGACAAUCAAACCUUUCAGUGAUGAGCCCAGCUUGAAGAGAUAUGGAUUUAGAAACCAAUGGACUUUCAAAGCGACAACAAACGGUUGUCCAGAGUGAUGGAGCUUGUUUUUCAGCCAUGAUUUAGAGUUGUCUUUUUCAUCCCAAUCACUCCAAGCUCAGUAUUUAGUUUCCCUUCCUUCUGACUGCCAGUACAAAUGAAACUCCUGCUGCCCCUCUCCAUGCGGCUGUUUUUAAGCAUUCCAUUUUCAUCAGUGAUAAACCAUUUACCCACAGAGGAACAGCCUCCUUUAAGGCAUCUGUCCAUCCAGCACCACAAUUCAGUUUAACAGAUUCUUUUAGCUGAAUAAUCCAACGAUGCAUCUCUGGCUGUGAACAGAUUCCUCAGUAUAUUUUAUUUUAAAACCUGCCUUAAUCAGUUUCGACAGAAGUUAAUAUCUGAACUGGGUGCUUGAUUACAAAUGCAACUUCAUUGAAAGCAUUUUGGAUGAAAACGUGAGUUUUUUCAUAUUUGAUGUUAAU